UGGCCGAGCGCGCCGCCUUGCCUGGCGACCCUCUUGCCCGGAGGCGCUGCGGGAAGGAGGCGCCUGCGAGGGCGGCGCCCUCGGGCGGGAGGAAGUUUAAGCGCUGGGGCUGCGGAGGUGGAGAUCGAGAGGAGAAAAGCGCCUGGGCUGCAACCGCUGCCCGACAGAGCGAGCGCGGCGAGGAAGAGGUCGCCGAGAUCGCCACCUCCUCCCGGGGUUGUUGUUGCGCUUGCCGCUCUCCUUCACUGCCUCCGCCGCCCCUUCGAGCACCGGCCAGCCAUGGGCGGAUCGGGAUCCAGUUUGCUCGACGAGAGCAAGUGCACCUACAUCCGAGGAAAGACGGAGGCUUUGAUCAAGAACUUCAGUCCGCACUAUAAACGCCAAUACGCAGUGUCCUUCUGCAAGCACAUCCAGAAUGAGCUGGAACAAAACAGGGACCUGCAGUCCCACUUCUUGAAAACAAAGCCCCCUGCAGAAUCCAGCAUGGUCUUUUAUGAAGGAGAAGUGUCCCAUUUUGCUGAAGACUUGAAGAAAUGGAAAGACAGAUAUAUAGUGGUUAAUAGUAAAUAUGCCGUGGAGAGCUUUGAAAACAAAGAGGCGUUCCAGAAGGGCGUUAGUCCUAAAACCUGCAUUCUCCCUGUUGGAGGCAAAGUACUGAUAACAGAAGAGGAGUAUAACUUGUUAUCUGAUAAACAUUUUCCAGACCCGAGUGGUUCCAAUGAAAAGGAAAAUGCACCAGCUUUUGUUGGCCUUCCAAAGGAAUUUCCGGUCUAUCUGUGGCAACCUUUCCUCCGACACAGUUGCUUCUGUUUUUCGGAUCUGGAGUCACAGAAGAAAUUCAGCACGGUAUUGAACGACUGCAUCAGACACUUAAACCAUGAUUAUUUCAAGCAGGCAUCAUUUGACGCUCAAGCAUUUUUGGAAGCUGUUCAGUUUUUCCGUCAGGAGAAAGGCCACUAUGGGUCUUCGGAAAUGAUAACUGGCAACGAAAUUCAGAUUCUCAGCAACCUUGUGAUGGAGGACGUUUUACCUAGCCUUCAGACUAUGGUGCUUCCUAAAAUGAAAGGGAAGCGACAUGAUCGAAAGCGGGCAUGGUUUGGUAUACUAGAAGAAACCUACCAUUUGGUCCAAAAUCAGGUUUCCGAAGGCUUACAUUCCCUGAAGGACGAAUGUAAAGAAGUCGCCGCAGGCCUUGAAGGAACUAUUCGGUCAAAUAUGGAUGAAAUUCUGACCUCCAAGAAUCACUUAGCUGGAAAAAUAAAAGAGAGUAUAUCUGAGCCCAUCCAGAUAUGUUGCGGUGAGAGCAUCCAGCCCUUUCUGGCUUCCAUCCUGGAGGAGCUCAUGGGCCCAGUGAGUUCUGGGUUCAGUGAAGUCCGUCUUCUCUUUGAAAAAGAGGUCGAUGAGAUCAGCCAAAACUUCCAAGAGACAAAUGACACUGCAAAGCUGAAAGAGAACGUGAAGCACCUGACAAGCCUGCCAUACGACUCUGUGAAAAUGGAACCUUGCUAUCUGAAAGUCGACUUCCUUCAAGAGCAUCUCCAGGACCUCAAGAGCCGCUUCAAAUUCUAUGAUAUUGGCUUGGUUAUUCAGAUGACCCAAAAUGUCAUGCAGGAGCUUAUGGAAAAUGCUGUAUAUACCUUUGAUCACCUGCUGAGUCUAAGCCAUCAUAGGGAUGCGGCCAAAGUAUCAACAGCCAUUGAGAAAGUCAAACUUCGUGUUCUUAAGCAAUAUGACUAUGACAGCAGUACCGCCCGGAAAAAGAUAUUUCAGGAUGCCUUGGUCCAAAUCUCGUUGCCCACACUUCAGAGGACAUUGGCUUCAAUGUGUAAGCCGGAGCUUCAGAAAUACGAGCAGUUCAUUUUUGCCGAGCACAACAACGUGAUCCAAGUCGAAAACGUCUACGAAGAGAUUUUGCUGCAGACUUUGCUCGACGAAGCCCUCAAAGUGAUAAAAGAGGCUGCCCACUUGAAGAAACAUAACCUUUAUGAGGAAGUGCACUUGACUUGUGAAAGUGUUUCCAGUCUGAGUGAUCUAAAGACCCCUUCGGGAUCAGCACAAGCCAGCCCAGCUAGGAAGUCUUCCGCCAGCUUGAUAGAACCACUGGCUACUGACACUCAGAGUAAUGAAGUGUUUGCCCCAGAAAAAUUGGAUCAGGAUCGAUGCCACGAGGCUAGGAACAAAAAUGAAGAGAAUUCCAGUACUCUAUCUAGCAUUCCUACUGGAGGAAGGGAAGAGAAGGUGGACCCGCAGCUUUCCAAUGCAAUAGAAACAAGUUUGGGUGGAAGCACAGAAAGUGAAAAUAAGGUACCUGUGGAAGAGGAAAAGCUUCCGGUUCUUGGAGGUGUGGAUGAAAUAAGAAGAUUGCUGACUGUGACUGUCGAACUGCCGGCAGAUCCUCCAUCUGAGAAGAAGGAACAAGUUCAUGAAAGUGGGCUUCUAACGCCACAAGAACCUGCAGAAGCGAAGGAUAAGGAAGAGGAAAAGAACGUAGAGGAAUGUCAAACAGCUGAGAUGCAUGAACCUUCUGAAGUGUGUAUCCCACCCAGCAUAGAAGCUGCCGAUACAAACACAACAGCUAUUUCUCUUCCACCCAGUGAAGAAAGUGGUCAUAUAAAUGUGGCACGAAUUUCUCUUCCACCCAGUGAAGAAGGAGAUUAUAUAAACGUGGCACGAAUUUCUCUUCCAUCCAGUGAAGAAGGAGAUUAUAUAAACGUGACAAGAAUUUCCCUUCCACCCAGUGAGGAAGGGGACCAUAUAAAUGUGACAAGUGUCUCUGGGGAAGCACGCUAUAUUACUCACCCGGAUCCUUCCAAGGUGUGUGAAGAACUAGGUCUUUGGCAAAACCCAGGGGCAGAGUCUGAGACAAAGAUCAGCGUAUGGUACACAGAUGUGAAGAGUGACAGCCCUGAUCACCAAUCUCAAACAAAGCCAGGUGCUGAAAGUGGAAAAUCUGACCGGAGGGAAGGAGACCCUUCCCCUCUUCCUCGUGUCCCUAUAGAAGAGAAGUCACAGGUAGAACAAGAUGCUGAAAGUAGAAAGCAUGUGCAGGAAAGAGAAGAGCUCCCUUCUCUUCAGUCAGUGCCAGUGGAUGACCAUUUCCAAACAGGGCAUUAUGUUGAAGAUCCAAGAUCUGGCUUGCCGGAAACAGAAGUCUCCUCUCUUCAUUCUGUUCUGACCGAAGUGGAUGCUCUCUCCUUCCCCGGCUGCUCUGCCCAAGCACAAGAGACCAUUUUGAAUAUUGCAAAGUUUGCAAUAGCGUCAAUAAAUCUGCCAGUUUCUCCGGAAGCCAAAGAGACUGAAGGUAGCGAUGCGGAGGUGCCAAUGAAUUUAGACUCCAAAGGCUCCGGCUCUGCUCAGGAGGAAGAUUUGAAGCAAGCAAGGGUGGCUUUGCCAAGUGCAGAUGCUGAAGAUGCAGUCGAAGGGGGGGAAGACAGAAGGGGAGAUGCUGGGGACAACUGUCCUGAGCCGCAGUCUGAGAAAUGAAAAAGGUUAUCUUGGAUAUAUAAAGCCCAUUCUUGCAGGUUUUAUGAUCAGAGUACCCUUAAAAUUAGAAAAGAGAGGCCUAUUCAAACUCUCAAAUCCUAUUCAAGAGCACUCGUACAUGCUGAAUCUCCAUUUCCUUGAGAAUGUUGAUAGUUUGAAUCAUCUUUCCGCUGCCACUUAACUACUUCUCGUUCAUCAUUCAUUCCCACAUCUUGGAAGCUGGCCUCCAAAGACUACUUGCUCUCGCCAAAGUGGUGAAGACUUGAGUGACCUGUCAGCGACAGAACUCAUUAAACAUUUGAAAUAGCUUUAAAACUGAGAAUAUAUUCAUUGAGGCCGAUGACCCACUCAUGUGAAUGAGACUUGUAGCAAGGGGUCAGUAGAACUUACAAGGACCUGAUAAAAUCAAGUAACCAUUAAGGGGAGAGUAAAAAUCUGCAUGAAACAUGCUAAGAAGAAAAUGCUGGGAAAUCUUAAAUGAUGGGGUGAAACAAUUUGCUUAUUGGAGUCUUGCACAACAUAGUUGUGCAUAUAGUUUUGACCUUUGAUAUAGCUGAACGAUUGCUUCUGUAUUUAAAAGCUUUGGCAGAUUUCCCACCCCACAUUUGGAAGAUAUUUUGACAGUGGAAUGGUCUGAUUCCAUUCCUCAUAGUUGUGGUUGCUAUAUUUAAAACUGCUAGAAUAGUUGGGGCGGGGGUUCUCUAUCCUAUUCUUCUGCACCUUUUGCAGAGCACUUUAUACCUUCUCUCCAAAGAAAAUGACAGAUGUUUACAGCAACUUGUAACCCAUGUCUACAGCUAGGUGCUUUAGCCAGGGCCAUAAAAAACAAAACAAAAAUAAACCAAUUUCUGUCUCAACAGCCUACGUUCUAUACCAAGAAGAGCAGCAUUAUGCAAAAAUGCAUAUAUUGUGCAAAAUAAGGAGAUUUGCAUAUUUGUUACAUUACAUAAUUUAUUCCGAUCCUUUUAGUCAUGGGAAAUGUGCACGAUGUCAGAUCACCCCGGUGCCUUUGCACUUAUUGGUUAGAAAGCUGGAAGCCAGAAGCAGACCUCUUUCUUAAAUGAGCAAAUUGAGUAGAAAAUGGCCUGCACAUUUUCUCUUGUACCUCUAGAAAUAAAAGGUCUAGAGAUUUACCUUUUCUUUUCUUUUUUAAAUGUCAAGUUGAAAAUCCAGGGAGGGGUCCUGGGACAUCCUAGAAGCAGGGACAGGUUACAGUUGUCUCUGAGACUCUUUUUUAUGGGUUUGUGGUUAAAUAUGCUGGUUCAGGGGGGGGGGGUGUCGCCUCAAGUGGCAUAAGCAAUGGGAUUUUGAGACAUGCCUGGAGAGGAUUUAGGAGGGCCUGGCAAGGGCAGAGUCGGAGCAGCACAGAAAACUUGUAUCGGAUGUGAUCGGAUGUGUGGUACUCUCUUAGUUUUUGAUACACCCACUGGAAAGUUUGGCAUCGCUACCAUGAUGCAAGAAUAAAUAAAUAAAAAUAAAUAAAAUAAAAUAACUGGACCUGAUGGAACUAGCUCUGAAUUGGCUGUAGAUUAAUUAAAAAGUUACUUCAGUUGAAGAGCGGUAGACCCACGGGUGCAGAGAGUUGGCAACUUACAAAAAACAACAACCCCAAGAACCAUAUUGCAAAUGUGUCAUAAGACGGACUGGAGUUAAUUUGUAUAUUUUAAUAGCAUUUAAUUGAUUUUGCGUAUCUUGAACAUGGCAGAGAUGAAAGCUAUCAUUGGUGAAAAUAUAAGUUAGUGUACAGUAUACUUGACAUUCACAUCACAUAUGAGAAAUCUGAAAAGCCAUUGUCUUGGAGAACCUUUAUAUUUGGAUUUUAAAAUGAUGAAAGUUCAGCAUUUCAGUGCGGGUUUAAAACAAGGGACGCAAGUUAUUUGGUAACCUGUUACUCAUACAUCUCAGUUUAUCACUUUUAUCCUGAGAACUAGAAACUUUUACAGUUGUCCUCUGAGAAGCAAUUUCAGCCAGAUUUCUUUUCAGGCAAGUGUGCGUAGGAUUGCAGCCUUAAAUAUUAGGAACCCUUGAUGUCUUAGUGGAUGUCUGCCUAAAUAUGCUUGAAUUGCAUACACCUGUAAUUUUGUUUCUGCAGUCACAAACCAUUGUUUACUAUUCAAAAAGUGUUAACAAAUGAAAGGAUUUUUGGAGAUAUUUUAUGUCUAUUAUUCCAUUUCCCCACAUUUGGAGUGUCCUCUUUCAGAAGGUAACGCCUGGGAUCAUGGUUUCCCCCCCCUCCCUAAACAAGUCACAGUUCCAGGUUUGGGAAUCACAAUACUCCAAAGAACAUGCCUUGUAGCUUACAGUAGAGGAGGAGGAGGGAAUCGGGAGUGGCCUUGCAGUUACGCACCAGAAUACUGCUUGUUCACAGUAAGCUUUGGUUUCUGGCUUACGACGAUGUGUACAAUACAUGCUGUCAUUCUGCUUUCCCUGUUUGGCUUCAGGAACUGGAGCUCUAUAAAGCUUAUUUUGUAAUCAAAUCCUAACCCUGUUUCUUUGGAAACGAGUCCCACUUGUUUUGGUUGGGAAUGCUUCCACCUUCUAAUGAAGCAUAUCACUGCAGUGUUAAAAAGGCAAAUCCUUAAUUCUUCUGUUUAAUCUUUCUCAUUGGAGGUUUGUUAUUGGACUAACCAACUCGUAUUUUAAGUUGUGCCCCCCUCCCAGUUUUGCUAAUUCAAAAGUUGACUUUCUAAGAAAAAUUCAAACCAACAGCUAAUAUGUAAUAGCUUCAUGUGUAAAGAAUUGUUUUCCCAUGGGCAGGGUUUUUAUGCGGGUUCUUCAUUUCAUCUGAUUAACUGUUCUGAACAGAUAAAUUAUGAAACACAGUGUAAUGUUUUUAACUUUCUUCAAGUACUUAAGCCAAAAUAAAAUAUUAUUAUCUCUUC